AUGAACCGAUUACUUAACAUAAUUAUAUUGAGGGAUGAAAAUAUCAAUGAAUCAACUCAAUAUGAUUUUAUAAAAACUACCGAAGGUGGAAAUAUCGAUGAAUCAAUUCAAUUUGAUUCUAUAAAAACUACCGAAGGUGGAAAUAUCGAUGAAUCAAUUCAAUUUGAUUCUAUAAAAACUACCGAAG